AUGGAAACUCGGAGCCGGAAGCGGGCGGAGGCUUCCUCAGCUGCCCCUUCAUCCCCUUCCUCUGGUCCCACCACUCGUUCCAGCAAGCGACCGCGUCUCUCUUCUUCUUCCUCUGCUUCCGCCGUCGCCACCGCAUCUCUUUCUUCUGUCAACACUCGCUCUCGUGCAUCCAGAACUAAGGAACAACCCUUACCUCCGAAGAAUCUUCCUCCCAUGGACUCUGCCAAUGAAUCAUCUGGUUCCCGCCGUGAUCGCCGCAGCAAGGACAACUCCGACAAGGGUAAGGAAAAAGAACACGAUGUUAGGAUUAGGGACAGAGAUGCUGACAGAGGGCUGGCAUUGAAUAUGGAUGUUGGUGGUGAGGAUGAUGAUAAUGACAGUGAAGGUGGUGUGGGGAUUUUGCAUCAAAAUUUGACCUCUGCGAGUAGUGCACUUCAGGGACUUCUUCGGAAGCUUGGAGCUGGGUUGGAUGAUCUGCUCCCAUCUUCUGCUAUGGGUUCUGCAUCUUCCUCUCACCAGAAUGGAAGGCUGAAAAAGAUCCUUUUUGGGUUGCGAGCAGACGGCGAAGAAGGGCGGCAGGUUGAAGCGCUGACGCAACUCUGUGAAAUGCUUUCAAUUGGUACUGAAGAAUCGCUUAGUACAUUCUCAGUUGAUUCGUUUGUUCCUGUGCUUGUGGGUUUGUUGAAUCACGAAAACAAUCCCGACAUCAUGCUUCUUGCUGCCAGAGCAUUAACUCAUCUAUGCGACGUGCUGCCUUCAUCAUGUGCUGCUGUUGUUCAUUAUGGUGCAGUGUCAAUCUUCUGUGCGAGGUUGCUCACCAUAGAAUACAUGGACUUGGCUGAGCAGUCCCUUCAGGCUCUGAAAAAGAUAUCUCAAGAGCAUCCCACUGCCUGCCUACGAGCAGGUGCUCUUAUGGCCGUGCUUUCUUAUUUGGACUUUUUUUCUACAGGAGUUCAGCGGGUUGCGUUGUCUACUGCUGCCAAUAUGUGCAAGAAACUUCCAUCAGAUGCAUCUGAUUUUGUGAUGGAAGCUGUUCCUCUUCUGACAAACCUUCUUCAUUAUCAUGAUGCCAAGGUUCUAGAACAUGCCUCUGUUUGUUUGACUCGAAUAGCUGAAGCGUUUGCGUCAUCUCCUGACAAAUUAGAUGAAUUGUGCAACCAUGGACUGGUAACACAAGCUGCCUCCCUCAUCUCUAACAGCAGUUCUGGGGGUGGUCAGGCAUCUCUCAGCACACCAACAUAUACUGGUUUAAUCCGACUUCUUUCAACUUGUGCGAGUGGAUCCCCUCUUGGAGCUAAAACUUUACUACUACUCGGAAUUAGUGGUAUUCUUAAAGAUAUUCUAUCUGGUUCUGGAGUUUCUUCUAAUUCCUCUGUUUCUCCUGCAUUAAGUAGGCCCCCGGAGCAGAUAUUUGAGAUUGUAAACCUAGCAAAUGAGCUUCUUCCCCCAUUGCCACAAGGAACAAUUUCUCUCCCUAUCAUCUCCAACAUGUUUUUGAAAGGGCCCAUUGUAAGAAAGUCUCCUGCUGGUACCUCUGGGAAACAAGAAGAUACAAGUGGAAAUGCUCCUGAGAUAUCAGCCCGUGAGAAACUAUUAAAUGACCAGCCUGAACUACUUCAGCAAUUUGCUAUGGAUCUUCUCCCUGUUUUAAUACAGAUAUAUGGUUCUAGUGUCAAUGGUCCUGUUCGGCACAAAUGUCUUUCUGUUGUUGGAAAAUUGAUGUAUUUCAGCACAGCAGAGAUGAUCCAGUCUUUGUUGAGUGUGACGAAUAUAUCAAGUUUCUUAGCUGGUGUGCUAGCAUGGAAAGAUCCACAUGUGUUGGUUCCUGCCUUGAAAAUUGCUGAAAUUCUUAUGGAAAAGCUUCCUGUGACAUUUUCCAAGAUGUUCAUUCGAGAAGGUGUUGUGCAUGCAGUGGACCAACUUAUUUUACCCGGAAAUUCUACCAAUAUCUCUAUACAGGCAUCUUCUACUGAGAAGGAUAAUGAUUCUAUAUCUGGAGCAUCAUCUCGCUCUAGGCGUUAUCGGCGACGCAGUGUAAGUUCCAAUCCUGAUGGAAAUCCUUUGGACGAUUUGAAGCCUCCAGUUUCAGUAAAUGUUGGUUCGCCUCCAAGUUCUGUGGAUAUUCCAACAGUAAACUCUACUAUUCGUUUGUCUGUUAGUACAGCUGCAAAAGCUUUUAAAGAUAAGUACUUUCCUUCGGACCCUGGGGCUUCUGAUGUUGGCAUUACUGAUGAUCUUUUGAAUCUGAAAAAUCUUUGCAUGAAGUUAGAUGCUGGUGCGGAUGAACAAAGGACUAAUGGAAAGGGGAAAUCUAAAUCUUCUGGGUUUGUUCUGGAAGAGUAUUUAAUUGGGGUCAUAGCUGACAUGCUAAAGGAACUUGGCAAAGGUGAUGGGGUAUCUACUUUUGAAUUUAUUGGUAGUGGUGUUGUUGCAGCUUUGUUGAAUUAUUUUUCUUGUGGGUACUUCUCUAAAGAUAAACCCCUAGAUAUCCACCUUCCAAAGCUUCGCCAACAAGCACUUACAAGGUUUAAGUUAUUUAUAGCUGUGGCACUACCUUCCACCACCGAGGUUGGGACUGUGGCUCCUAUGACCGUCUUGGUCCAGAAGCUUCAAAAUGCCUUGUCUUCCUUGGAGCGUUUCCCUGUCGUGUUGAGUCAUUCAUCUAGGUCAUCUAGUGGGAGUGCACGCCUCUCCUCUGGACUAAGUGCAUUAUCUCAUCCCUUCAAGUUGCGGCUUUGUCGAGCCCAGGGUGAAAAGUCACUUAGGGAUUAUUCAUCCAAUGUUGUACUGGUUGAUCCGUUGGCAAGUUUAGCAGCCAUUGAGGAAUUUCUUUGGUCUCGUAUCCAACGAAGUGAAUCUGGUCAGAAGUCCAAUGUACCUGCUGGGCAUUCUGAAUCGGGGACAACUCCUGCAGGACCUGGUGUAUCCUCUCCUUCCACUACCCGUCAUCAUUCUACUAGAUGCAGAUCAUCUGUUAAUAUAGGUGACACAUUGAGAAAGGAUAUAACUCAAGAUAAAAGCACUAGCUCUUCUAAGGGGAAGGGAAAAGCUGUAUUAAAGCCUGCCCAAGAGGAGGCAAGAGGACCUCAAACCAGGAACGCAACUCGCAGAAGGGCAGCUCUUGAUAAAGAUGCUCCCUUAAAGCCUGUAAAUGGUGACUCUACUUCUGAG